CUAAUCUCUUGGCUUCAUACCCAUCAGAGGGACACUCAUCUCCUGCUCCUUCGCCAGAGUGAAGAUGUCUCUCCAGGCUCCGCUCCAACCUGCAGUGGUCCUGUCUCUGGUUCUGGUUGUGUUGGCUCUGACAGGGCUGUCCCAUGCCCAGCUCCAGCCCAAGGCUUCUGUCCUGGAUUUCUCAGCCAGCUUGGGUAACCUCCUCCCCAGCCUCAGCCGUCCGGCCAACUCCAGCCGGAUCUUCUACGGGGUAAUGUUUGACGCUGGCAGCACUGGGACACGCAUCCAUGUCUACACCUUCAUACAGAAAGACCCUGAGGAGUUACCAGUGUUGGAUAAUGAGAUGUUCCAUUCCAUCAAGCCUGGUCUGUCGGCAUACGCAGACAUGCCUGAAAUGGGUGGGUACACAGUGAGGCAGCUUCUUAAGGUGGCAAAGAAGACUGUCCCGCAGCUGGAUUGGAAGAGAACCCCACUGGUCCUGAAAGCUACAGCAGGACUCAGGCUGCUGCCCCCAGAGAAAGCCCAGGCUCUGCUGGAACAGGUGCAGGAAGUGUUUGAUGAAUCUCCCUUCUUCGUCCCAGACGACAGCGUCAGCAUAAUGGAUGGUACAAAUGAAGGAAUUUUGGCGUGGGUUACUGUGAACUUUUUGACAGGUCACCUGUAUGCUGAGACCAGGAAGUCCGUGGGGAUUCUAGAUCUGGGGGGUGGAUCGACUCAAAUCACUUUUCUACCCAAAUCCAAGAAAACCAUUGUAAGUUCUCCUGCUGACUACAUUGCCAGAUUUGACAUGUUCAACACUACAUAUGAACUGUACACUCACAGCUACCUGGGUAAUGGCCUGAUGGCAGCCAGACUGGCAGCCCUAGGAGCACUGGGGGCAGAAGGGUUGGAGUGGAGAGUGUUCAAAAGUGCCUGUCUGCCCAAGAAGUUCAGAGAGGAGUGGAGCUUUGGAGGACUCACCUACACAGUCAGCGGGAUACCUGAUGGUUAUGCAGGAUACAAGCUGUGUUACCAGGAGGUGUUGAAGGUAGUAAAGGGAAUAGUUCACCAGCCCUAUGAGUUGAAAGACACCAGUGUGUUCUAUGCUUUCUCCUACUACUUUGACAGAGCCAUGGACGCAGGCCUUAUUGAUGGGACCCAAGGAGGAAUGCUGGAGGUCAGAGACUUUAAGAAGGGAGCUAAAGAGGUGUGUAACAAGAUGUCUAAGUACCGUCCUGUCAGCCCCUUCUUGUGUAUGGACAUGACCUACAUCACCUGUCUGCUCAAAGAUGGCUUCGGCUUCAAAGAGAACACUGUACUGCAGCUGACUAAGAAGGUGAACAAUAUUGAGACAAGCUGGGCAUUAGGUGCCACAUUCAAACACUUCCAGAACCUAAAGAUCCACUGA